AUUUAUUUCCAUAGAUACCCAAAUGGUAUUCCCUUCUUUGGCUAUAAAAAUGGAGACAAAAUGCUGCAUCAAAUCCACUUCCAAAUUCGAGAUCCAAAAAAAAAAAAACCUAAAAGGAAGAACACCAUGAGAGCCCCAUCCCUGUUCUUCCUUGCCACCCUGCUUGUCCACAUCUCUGUGCAAUGCAAUGCUACCGAUUCCCAGUUGGGGUCAGAGAAGGUCACGAAUCUCCACUUCUACCUGCACGACACCCUCGGCGGGAAGGACCCGACCGCCGUCCCCGUCGCGCGCGGGGACGGCGCCACGCCCGGCCCCGGCAACCCGGCGCCCUUCAGCUCGGUGUACGUCGCCGACGACGUGCUCACGGAGGGGCCCGAGCGGCAGUCCAGGGUGGUGGGGAACGCGCAGGGGCUGUACGUCUCCUCCGGGAAGGGCGAGCUCUCGCUCGUGCUCGGCAUGGACUUCGAGCUCACGGAUGGCCCCUUCGGUGGCAGCUCCUUCGUCGUGUUCUCGCGGAACCCGGUCUCGCGCGGCGAUGGCAGGGAGCUCGCCGUCGUCGGUGGCCGCGGCGUGUUCAGGAUGGCGCGGGGGUUUGCGCUGCUCCGGACGCAUUAUUUGGACACCGGGAACGGCGAUGCGAUCAUAGAGUAUAAUGUGACUCUCCUGCACUAUUGAGCUAUUUUAAAAAUUAAUGAAAAUUUGCAACCGUGCCGUUAUAAUUUUGCAAACUUAGAAAUAUGCCACUGGUUUCUCAAUGACAUGUAUGACCCACAUGAGUCAAUGACACGUGGGCCAGGAUGGCGUAUCUACGAUUUCACAAAAUUAUAAUGGCAUCUUUGCAAUUUUCCUAAUAAUUUAAUUUAAUUUAUGCCUGUGCUGCUUUUGUUUGGAGAAAAAAAUAAACUCAAUGUACGGUUGAGGUUGGUAUGGUUCUUUUUUCCAUUUAUUUUGUUUUGUUUGCUCCUCAGGAGAAGGAUGUAUGAUGAAAUUCAGAGAAGCAUAUUUUGUUGGGGAAAUCAAGCAAUUGCAUUGCUCAGCUUUAUAAUAGCAAUUGUUAACAUUGACCGAACUUAA